AUGAUUGGUCUUCUCUUAAUUAUACUUCCACAAGCAUUUGCAAAUUAUUUUGAAUAGAAGUUGUCAAGACAUGUUUACGAAUACAAGGAUGUUCAAAAAGACGAUAUAGUAACUAGCAGCAAACCCCCAAAAUGCUCAGAUGAAUUCUUAAAUUAUUAUCAUAAUGACAGUUUUGUGACCCAAAUUUGUUUUACCAAGAACGUAUUCUAUAAUGUGGAAGUGAUCUUGGGAGAUCAUAUAGAUAAUAAAAGCAUUUAUUCAAUGGCUGUAUAAAAACUCAUUACAAUAUAUAAUAGCUUGAUUUAACCUCUCCUUGGACAUGGUAUAAGUCAAAUUCAUGUGUGAGUUGCAAAAGCCUGAAAUCAUUAAAAUUUGACAAUAACAAAAAGUGUAAAAGCUCAAAGAAAGUUGGAAAGUGCAUUGAUUCAAAUUUUGAAAAAUUAUUCAAUGCCACUAAAUGGAAUGAUAUCGACGUUCAUGGUUAAAUAUACUCAUCAGAAUCUCUAAUAUAAGGAACUUUUCAAACUGACACCAUAAAAUUACUCGCAUACAAUUCUUCAAGAAAAAUGACAAUUUCACAAUUCCUCUCGUAUGAAUGGGGAAACAGCACUCCACCUGCCUUGGUUAAUAUAACAGGACUGCAGAUGCUUUAAGCGGAUUACAUUAACACUGAAUUACCGAUUUUGGCAGAUGGCGUAAUUGGGUUCGGAUUCGGCUAUACCGAAACAGAUGAAGAGAAGGCCUAGAGUAAUACAGACUUCGUUGAAAAACUAGUUUAAGAAUAAACUUAGCUUCAUUUGACAAGACAAUAAUUCGCUCUUUACACCUAUUAGAGUUCGCUCAAUUUUUCAGAGAUGGUAGUGUAAGUAGGAGGUUUUGAUUACAAGUAUGUCCAUAGACAGCAAUAGAAUGUAAAAUGGAUAGAAAGACUUGAGAAAUCUGGUUAUUAUUGGAUGGUUUAGGUGGAUAAAAUUCAAUUUAUUGUAUUUUAUUUAUCAUUUAAUAUAGAAUGGCUAAGGCAAUGAUUUGAUCAACGAUAAUUUACCCAUCAACAAAGCUUUGCUAACUCUAAACUCUUAAUUUAUCGAACUCCCCUAUAACAUUCUGAUAUCCUUAAUUAAAGCUCUUGACAAUGCACAUGUUGGGACAGAAUGCAAUUUAGUAGAUAAUGAAGUAUUUCUAUAAUCUAUAAUUCAGAUGUAUUUAUUAUAUUGCAAGAACUAUCACUUCUCAACAGCUAUUGAUUAUCGAUUGACCUUCAUAUUUGGAGAACACACUAUUCCUAUUGAUAAUUAUCAUUUGAUAUAUAGAAAGUGUGAGAGUGCGAGUGAAAAUCAGAUGAUUUAGAAUUGUCUCUUCAAUAUCAAAGUUUCGGAAUCUGAUUACAUUAUCUUGGGAGAACCCUUCAUCAAAAAUCAUUAUAUAGUAUUUGAGAAUCAGCCAGGAAAUAAUGUGAGAAGAAUUGGCAUUAUGCCAGCCGCUGUGCAUAUGUUCUAUCCUGACAAUCCAGAUUACUAUGAGUGGGCUCUGAUUAAACUAGUGGGAUUCAUAUUCAUUUUUGGUUUGGUCAGCAUUUGUUCUGUGACUUUUCUGAGAAGCGUGUGUAAGGAUCUUUACAGAGCAUUUAAAUAUCGUAGGGUAAUUGUGUUCUAAAAUAUUAUUAUAAGGCUUUGAAUCCUGAAGAUAAGUUAUCACUCAAACAGACAAAGGAGAUGGAGGAAUCAGACUAUUCAACUGAGGAGGAUAUUCAAAUUCAACAGAAAAAUGAGGAUGAGAAGAAGGUAGAUGAAUGGACGUAACAACAAGAAUAGUUUAAAUUUGGAGAGAAAUUUACUAAUUAAUAUGAAUAAAAUGCAUUGUGAUUAAAAU